UGGAUAGGAGAAAGAAACUCAACUUGUCAGCUGUCUCCCAGGAUCCUAUAUUGAAAGGGGAGGGGGUUAUUGAGUUGAUGUGUGCUCUUGAUGCAGUGACAAUCCCGAAGCCUGGCUCGUCAUCGGAUCUGGCACUCGCUGGUUUUCCCCCCUUCCCCCUCCACAUCCCUUCUGCUCCAUUAGAUAGACCAUACUUGUAUCGUUUGCUUCCCCAGCAUCUUUGGAUCUGCAGCCCUUUGCUCUCGUUCGCGGCCCUUUUACUCCCUUCGUCUUUCCAUCUCCAAAUUGGCCUGCAGCGCCAACAUAGUCACUCCUUUGCAACCCAAGACAAGAAAGCCUCUUACACUCUCUUUUCAGCAUGAGCUUCUCCAUCACCAGGGCACUCGCCCUCCUCACCCUCUCGACGUUGGUGCUCGCUCAAGACGAGCCAAAGGGUGACGGCUACGUAGGCUACCAGCUCAACCGCCGCGGCGACAACGAGUCAGCCGUCUACGAGACGGCCAACACAAAGACCGGCAUCGACACGCUCAACCCGAUCCCGGACGUGUACCUCAACGCCUCAGUGUCAGUAGGCGAGAUCAGCAUCGAGGUGCAAAACAUCACCGCCAAAGUGAACCUCGACGCCAAGGUCCUGAACCUGCUGCACUUCCAGGCCGGCGUGGACGCCAGCAUCGACCGUGUCAAGCUGGGCAUCUACAACGUCUCGGCCAAAGUCGAGCUCGAGGCGCGCCUAGAGAACGUGGUAAAGAUGGUCGACGACGUGCUCACCAGCAUCGACCUGAACCCCGUCAUCGCGACACUGGGCGACACCGUCAGCGACAUCGUCAACAAGACCGUCGACGUCGUCACGGAUCCCGUCGAGAGCAGCGCCGCUGCGUCCGCAGUAGCGAAGCGCGACCUCACGUUCCGGCUGGAGCACAAUAUCCUCUACUCGGUCAACGACUUCUCGGGCCGCACGCACACGAACCGCGUGCUGGCGCAGAACGGGAGCCUGUUUGACAUUUACCUCGACAAUAGCGGCAACGAGAGCGGGCGGAAGGUGGUUGGGUUCUACAGCCGCGACAUGACGUUUAGCGGGCACAACAAGACCAUUUCGAUUGAUGGGCAGGUCAAGGAGUUUGAGCUGCAGUACGUGUACGCGCCGUAUCCCGGCCUCGAGGCGUUUAGCAAUAUCUACCUGGAUACCACGGGCAAGGUCGUGAGGACCAAGAUUGUGGCUGAGGCGGAGGGAGGGGGCACGGCGACGAUUAGCAACGACGAUGAGAGUAGUCUUUAGAGCGCCC